GAAGGGGGUGGCUGGAAAUGUUUUAGUCACAGCUUGGCAGUCUGGUUUUACUGUUUGGAAGAGGGCAUAUUUGGACUUCGGAUCCACAGGACAGAAAGAGGAGUAGGAUUGUUGUUACGACCCUAACAAGCAAGCCGCCGGGGAACUGGACCUCUAGCCUACAUUCUCAGACCACGAGCAGAAGUUUGGUGCCGCAUGAUGUCAUCAAUAAAAGUGCCUUGAGAAGACGACUCCAAACUGGUCCAUGCUCUUUCUGAAGACAUACUCAGCUACUAACACGAGAUACCUCAGUUGCAAACCUUUUGGUGUCAGUUUCACAUUCAGCACGUCAAUGAUUGUUCAGUUUGAGCCAUAACACAGGAAGGAAAGAGGAGCAUGAAAAUGACCUGAGAAUGUCUCACUAAAGCAAAAACAAAAAGAAGUUUGUGUUACUAGACUUGUUUGACACAUUCAGCUCAAGGAUAAGCAGCUCAAACGUAUUGCAGCAAAAAGGAAAAAGAAAAUCUGCUGUUGAUUAUUUCCGACGGAUGAUUUGUCAGUGAGAAACCAACGUUCUGCUCCAGCUGAUGGAGUUAGGUUGUUUUAAAGAGGACUGGACUGCAUUCACAACUAAUUCUCUUCACUAAAUUAAACUCCAGUUUUUUUUGGCGUGUGCGUCUAUAAACGGUAAGGCUCAACAUUUUGUGUGUGUGCUGAAAACCUCUCGGACAUGGCGUUGAGUAUGUCUUCAGUGAGAGACACAAAAUGGCUGACUUUGGAAGUCUGUCGCCAGUUUCAGCGAGGAAACUGUUCACGCAGUGAUAAAGAAUGCAAGUUUGCACAUCCGCCCAAAAGCUGCCAGGUGGAAAAUGGGAGAGUUAUUGCCUGCUUUGACUCACUGAAGGGUAGAUGCUCAAGAGAAAACUGCAAGUAUCUUCAUCCACCUACUCACCUAAAAACCCAGUUAGAGAUAAACGGGCGCAACAAUCUGAUCCAGCAGAAGACGGCAGCAGCUGUGCUCGCCCAGCAGAUGCAACUCAUGAUGCCUGGACCCAGCCUGCAGCCUGUGUCAACAUUUCCUGUUACGCAGGGCCUCUGCGCUAAUGCUAACCUUGGUUAUGGUUCAUACCUCACACCACUGAGCCAUGGAAUGAGCCUCAUUCCCUCAGACAUCCUCUCCAGCACCCCGGUUCUUGUUCCUGGCAGUCCAGCUGUCACGGUUCAGUGCUCAUCCUCCUCCUCUUCUUCAUCGUCCUCUUCUCCAUCACAGAAGCUACAGCGUCCAGACAAAUUGGAGGUGUGUCGUGAGUUUCAGCGGGGAAACUGUGCACGAGGGGAGACGGAUUGCCGCUUUGCUCACCCCAGUGACAGCCCGAUGAUUGACAGCACUGAUAACACAGUCACUGUCUGCAUGGACUACAUCAAGAGCCGGUGCUCCAGGGAGAAGUGCAAGUACUUUCACCCGCCUGCACACUUGCAGGCCAAAAUCAAAUCCGGUCAACAACAAGUCAGUCAGGCAGCAAUGGCAGCCCAGGCCACAGCUGCAGCCAUGACUCAAUCGACUUCCAAAGCAAUGAAGCGACCCCUCGAGGCGACUGUAGACCUGGGCUUUCCACACAGCAUCCUGCAACCCCUACCAAAGAGAGUGGCGCUUGAGAAGAGCAGCUGGACCAGCUCUCUCCUCACCCCCAAUUUAUUGCACUACCAACAGGCUUUGGCUAAUACACAAUUUCAGCAGGCCGCUGCAGGCUUUUAUCCCACAGGUUCUGUCUUGUGCAUGACUCCUGCUAACAGCGUUGUCCCCAUGAUGUACAGUGCUACGCCUGCUACUGUUUCUGCAGCAACUACUCCUGCCACAAGUGUCCCCUACGCAGCAACAACACCAGCCAAUCAGAUCAUCCUCAAGUAACCAUGAGAAACAGAAGUCGGUGUUGUGUCGCUGCUGUCAAAGGUCCUGAACAGCCUGUCUGUAAAUAUUCUGCCAUCAACACACGCAGCGUACAGCAAGCUGCAUGCUGAGAACAUCACUGCUGAAAAGACGAUCGGUUCCAUUCAGUGGCUCAACCACGGGGACUGGGUUGUGUCGAGGAGGUUGUUGAAUUGUGUGUACACACCUUUGCACCUGUAAUAACCUGCAUCAAUACUAUUGGCCUCAGUCGGAUGUAAUGACGUCAGGGAUGAAGCUUUUGUGUCUGUUCUUUGCUUUUCUGAACGAAACACAGACAGCAAUUCAAACCCAGUGGCAACAACUUCAUAUGUAAUAAACUGGAAAUAUAAAUUGUGCUUUUGCCAUUUAAAGGAUGUAAAUAAUUACAGACGAAAGGAUCCAGUCUGAAGUCAUCCUUCAGCGUGUUGACAGAGAAAGGGUAAAGUCGGGUGUAAAAAGUCCUACAUUUGAGAUUGUUGUAGUUGUAUUGCUUUAUCGAACAUUCGUGUUCCUUCUUGAAUGUGUUCUGUUGAGCAUUUUCCUAUUACCAGAUUUAAAUAUCUUCAACAAACCAGUGAAUAGCACUUAUUUUAACUUUACACUUUAUGGUAAUGUAUUUAAAAGCUGGUUUUAUGAACAUCCCUUUAAAACGCUCAGAGAGGUCCCCAGAGAACUGGAUCCGUGCUUCACCUCUUGGUGUGCCUUUGCAUUGCGAGUACAGAAAGAAAACGCUGUUUAAUCCAUUUGAUGUAGAUAUUUUUCUUUCUUUCAGAUUGCUCCAUGUGGAUUAUAAUAAUACUAGAUUUAUUAAUAAGACUGUAAGUUGUUUGAACAAGCUAAUAUAAAAUCGGACGUUUAUAGGAAGAGUUGCGACAGACGUGAUCGUUAACUUAAAGUUGUGAUUGUGUACGGGUUGCGUGUCGUGUGAGCUUCUUGUCGCAGUCGGUUGUCAGUACUGUAUAUUCUGAAUGUUCCAAGUGCCUAAGGAAUAGUACAUGCAAAUACAUCAAAGCAUCUUUAAUAGGGUUUGUGUGAAAAAUCACCCAACUCUUCGCAGACGUCAAAAGAUCAAUGUCCAUGUCAGUGCGUUAGUAAUGUACCUGAAGAGAUUUAGUCUUAAAGUUAAAUUCUCACCUAUUAUAAUGUGUGUUUAUAUAUUUUAGUUAUAUACUGUGUUUUUUUUGUUUUACGUAUCAAAUGAUUAAGCCAAUUAAAAAUAAGUUUGAAACUUUUAUUGUACAAUUUAAGGUAAACAUUUCAGUGAAAUUCAGUUUUGCAUUUUUCACAUGACAAGAUCUUAAUAUUUGUUUUAACUGAAC